CGACAGUCGUGGGUAGUGGUCACUUUAACUCUUUGCCACAUUGUAUCCCGUGAGUCAUUGCGCCCUCCGGCCCCACUGUAUCCCAUCGUGCCCUGCGUUUUUCGUCUGCGACCUCCCACAGCCCCGCCUCUUCCGGUGCAUGACUGAUCAUGGCGCAGGGGCAGCGCAAGUUCCAGGCGCGGAAACCGGCGAAGAGCAAGACAGCGGCGACAGCCUCGGAGCGGAACCGGGGCCCGAGGAAGGGCGGUCUCGUUAUCGCACCCAAGAAGGCACGGAUCGUGCAACAGCAAAAGCUCAAGAAGAACCUGGAGGUCGGGAUCCGGAAGAAGAUCGAACAUGAUGUGCUGAUGAAAGCCAGCACCAGUCUGCCCAAGAAGCUGGCACUGUUGAAGGCCCCCACCAAAAAGAAGGCAGCAGCCCCCUCCUCCACCAAGACGCCUUCCUAAGGAUGCACCCCAGCAGAGGCCAUCACCGCAGCCCUCUCUGUGCUCAGACCUGUGCAGGGAGGAGAGGCCGUGCUCCCCAGAGCCUUGGGUUGCGCCUCAAACUUUACUGGGGGCCUGGCCCGUGAGCAGGUGACCAGCAGGUCAGAAGUGCACUGGCUGGCUUCCCAGGGUGCCAAGGCCAGGCCAAGCGCAGGCCAAGGCCAAGAGGAUGCCUUCACCAACUUCCUGUGUCCCCCUCCCCCCUCCCCACAUCCUGUCUCCACUGGUUUAGCACGGAGCAAUAAACCUGACUUUGUCAUUCCUCCCACGGUCACAUGCUCCUGUGAGCGGGACGUGCUGGGGCCCGGGGCCGGGUGCCCCGACUGGGUCAUCCCCCGCAGUUUCCACGGGAGACUAGCCACAUGCCAGGGAAAGACGAAUGGGCUUCUGCACCUCCAGCCUGGGAACCAGGGGAGAGUUUUCUUUCCUCCUGCCUUGGGUGAUUCACCUACAUACCCUCCACGGACAUGCCUGUGUCACCCACUCUGCCGGGGACCGGCCAGGCAGCCUAGGGAGUCACUCUCCCAUCUGCAGGACAGGUACUGACACCACCUUGUAGAGUCAAAAUGCCGAUUAAACCAGAAUGUGCUUAUCAA